UUCCGGUUUGAUAUAGAGUCUAGGUCUGGAACAUAAACAAUAAACAUUAAAAUUUAAAUUAAUCAUUGUUAAUUAACUAGAUAUAGACUCUAGUUCUAGAUCUAGAUUCUAGAGUUAGACUGUCACUGUACUAACUGUAGGUAGAUCUCUCUAUAUAUAUAUCUAGUACUAAACUAGAUUCUAGAUCUAUAGAUUCUAGAUAUCUAGUAGUAAGUAGUAAAGUACACUGGAGGGAGCAUGAAGUCGAAGAAAGGGUCAUAUAAAUAAAACCUGGCUGGAUAACAUAUGAUAAAAGAAUGGACUGGCCUCUAUCUUGAUAUCCUGCUAAAAAGAACUGCUGACUGAGAAAACAUUGGCUACUUUAGCUAGCCAAGAAUGGCUUUUGUCUUUCAUGUUGAGUUUGGGAUGAAUGACACCCCCUUAACGCAAGCUUUAGAACAAGGAAACUAUGCCACCGCCGAACGUUUAAUAUUGGAAUGUCCGAAUGCAUCAUAUCUUGAUGAUGGCUGCUAUCAACGAACACCCUUAUAUAUAUGCUUGUGUGGUGUUGAUGAAUAUCAUCAAAAAGUUUCUACUCGAAAUUUUUAUCUGGCCAGGUUGUUAGUAGAAAGAGGAGCCAAUGUCAAUCACAGGGUGCCAGUGACUAAUUAUGGGUCUGAGUACAUCAGUCCUGGUAAAUCUAGCUUUGAGCUUUUGGUGGACUUUUAUAAUGACCUGACUUGUCAUCCAGAGAGCUUUGAUAGUGAAUCACCUUGGCACCAGCCAGAAAAGAUAUGGAAUCCUUUGACAGAGCUUGUAGUUGGACUUAACAAACAAUAUCUGACUACUAAAGAGGAAGUAUUGGAUGAUUUGAAGGAACUAGUUUUUGAUAUUCUUCAACAUGGUGGUGAUGCCAAUAUCUUAGACGAGAACCGAAUGACAGCAUCGCACAGACUGGCAAUGUUUAGUUAUGAUCUGGCCUUGAUGGAAAUCAUUGGUAGUAAUGGGGUUGACCUAAAUAUGGUGGAUGGAAUCGGCAACACACCACUCUUGUCCUUGUGUGAUGCAGCUGCUUUCAGGGGGGACAACAGUUGCAAUGUGUCGCCUGCAAGCGACAGUGAUGUUGCCAGGAAAGCCUUGUUUGAAGAAGAUCUCAAAGCGCAACUCAGGGUGAAAACUGACUUUCUGCACUACUUGCUCAAGAGGAAGGACACAGAUGUCAAUCAUCAAAACAACUUUGGUCAGACAGCUCUAUUUCACUGUCUACUGCGUGAAGAUAUGGACAGCGCUAAAAUCUUGCUGGACGCAGGAGCUGACCCCUCACUCCAGUGUUAUGUCUGGGAAUCCAGAAGAAAGAAACGCAAAGUGCCUCAACUUUUGGCAUCACUCAUGUCCAUUCCACUUCAGCAAUCGUUAACCCACACCAGUCUUUCAGAACAGACGUCCAAGUCACUUCAGCCUAUAUCUUAUUUGGUUGAUGCAGGCUACUUUACCAGCAAUGAAGUAAAGAGAGAGUUGUCCUAUUUGAUUGAACAAGAUUUCCCAGAGUUCAGCCAUCUUGCCUCCUCUGCUGGAUACCUCAUCCACCUGAUGUUUGGUUACAAAACUGCCUCGUUGAAACAGUUGGCUGCACGCAAAGUUUUCCAGUGUUGCCUUAUUGACAGCACUGCCUGUCUUCACAACAUUCUCCCAGUGUCUUCCAUUCAAGAAAAUUUUCCGACCCGUGAGUUUCUUUCCAACCCCAGCAAAUAUGAGGAGUACGUGACCCUUAUUUUAAAUUCCACGGUCCUACGCCGCUUGCUGGAGCUUGUCCAACUUCCACACUCGCUUCUCAUACACCUAGAGGCUCAGCUUCUAUACCUGCGCAUGCUCUUGAAGUUCUGCCCACUCCAACCACGACGACCGUUGAAUGGCGUCAGCUGGGUCAGGAACAUUUUUGACUCCCCGGAAAAUGAGGGGGAGGAAAGUGAUGAAGGGGAUAGCGAAGGAAGUUCAGAUGAUGAGAGCAGAAGUUAUGACUCGUCAACGGAAGAGAGUGUCGAGGGUGACUCUGAUUUAGAGUACUGGUGACCUCCACUGACCCUAAGGAAUGAAAAAAUCGAAUUUAGCCCAUUGGACUUUCUAUAAAAUAUUUAUUUCUUUUUUCAAUCCAUCAUAUAACAAUGUGGACCAAUAUAAUUCCUGAUGUGCCAAAAAAAACCUCUGCCAUCUUUAUCAUUUGCUACAUUUUGAGUGAUAAUAAUAUAAAAAUUCAUGUAUGGAUGAGAAUAAUUUAUGGGCGUUAUAAAUAUUUGGAAGACUUAGGACAUCAUCAAAGUCAUUUAACACUGCUGUACUAUCCACUUUUGUGGCUAAAAAUUUAUAAAAUUAAAAGUAUUCAGAAGAUUUUGGAUACGUAUCCAAUGGUCCAAGUAAUUACAACAGUUACAUAGAACAUGUUUAGUUUCUCCGCUGUAAACAUCAGACAAAAGCCAAGCCAUGAAAAAGUAUUUUUAUUACAAUUAUGAAUAAAUAAAAAAAAAAUUUAGAUUGUUAAAACUGUAUAAUGAGAUUUCCACUAAAACAUUUAUGAAGAUCUUAAAAAUAGGGGAAAAAAACAUUUGUUGGCGACUGCUAAGAAGAAAACUUCAUGAGUUAACUUUUUUUUUUAACCAUGGAACCCCCCCAAAAAAAAAAAAAAAAACAACUGUAUGCUGCAUGCUGCCAUGUAUCAACAAGUGUUCAAACACUGCAUAGUUUAUUCAGAAUCAGUUUUCUACAAAUAAAACAAUAAUCCGUUCAGAUAGGUUUUUGUAUUUUAGAAUUAUGCCAAAAUAAAAAUAAAAAUAAAAGCUAAAACUACUAUGGUAUGAUGAGGCAUUAUACAAUCUGACUGAAGAUAGAUGUUCUUUUAGACUAAAGUUUCCUUGAAAGCUGCACAAUAUUUUGAGUGAAACUUAAACUUAAAUAAGUGAACGGACAAA